CAAAUGAAAUCUUACGGUGUGGUGCCGAGACAGCCAACCUCUCCUCUUUCGUAUAUAUUCACUUGCUUCGACUAAAACCCUAGCCUGCUCUCUGCCUCUUCCUCCUCUCCACUCUCUCUGUGCCUCGCCUUUUCAUCAGGAACAAUGGCCGUGCCUUUGCUGAAGAAGCAGAUUGUGAAGAAGCGCCUCAAGCAGUUCAAGAGGCCCCAGAGUGACAGGAAGAUAUGUGUCAAGACAAACUGGAGAAGGCCCAAGGGUAUUGAUUCACGUGUCAGGCGUAAGUUUAAGGGAGUCACUCUGAUGCCUAACAUUGGUUAUGGCUCUGAUAAGAAGACUCGCCACUACCUCCCCAACAAAUUUAAGAAAUUUGUUGUCCACAACGUCAAUGAGUUGGAAGUUCUUAUGAUGCACAACAGGACUUACUGUGCUGAGAUUGCACACAACAUUUCCACCCGGAAGAGAAAGGAGAUUGUUGAACGUGCAGCUCAGUUGGAUGUUGUUGUCACCAACAAACUCGCCAGGUUGCGCAGCCAGGAAGACGAGUGAGCUUUGGAGCUAUUGUUGGACUUUCCUUUGUGUGUUUCCUAGUUUCAGCAUUUUGGAAGAGAUCUUAUUCAGAAUCUUAUUUUUGUUUUCAUUUCAGUAUUGUUGAAUCUAGACUCUAGUCUCUAGUUUACUAAUCUGAGACAUGUUAAAUGAUAUGAAGUUAUGCCUACUCAUAUUUUCUCUUGA